CGUAAACAAACAAACAAAGAAAGACCGACCCUCCCUUCGAUUUCCAUUUCCGUUUCCAUCGAUCCCAAGCAAAAAGUCUAUCUCCUCCAUUUCAAUUCCUUCCUUGUAGCCGCAGAUCAAACAAGAUCCCUCCAAAUUCCUUCCUUCUCAAUCUCUCUUUAGGGUUUCCCGAUUCGGUUCUCUACAAUCAGUUUCAUUCCGGCAAAGACAUUAAUAUUAUAGAUCUCAAAUCAAACCAGCCACAUGCGGAAGCCUCCAAUGGUUUCUGCCCUCUGACGGCAGCCGCCAGUCGCCGGUUUGGUCGGCUCUCUUCCUUUCUUACUCUGCGAGGUGAGAUGCGUGGAGGGUUGUUUGUUGUUCAUAUUCAUCUGAUUCUUAGGGUUCUUUCCUUCUUGGUUGACUUGGAAGUUUUGUAAUCAGCUGGUCAAAGAUGGUGAGGGGGAAAGUGGAGCUGAGGAAGAUCGAGAACGCGGCGAGCAGGCAGGUGACCUUCUCCAAGCGGAGGAAUGGGCUGUUGAAGAAAGCCAACGAGCUGUCCGUACUGUGCGACGCCGAGGUUGCGGUCAUCGUCUUCUCCCAGCGAGGAAGGCUCACCCAGUUCUCUAACCUCGAAAUGCCGAAGACGAUAGCUCGGUACCAAAAGUAUGCAGCAGUUGAAGUCGAUAAGACUGAUACAGAUUACUGCAUUCAGCAACUCAAGCAAGAAUCCGCUUCUAUGGCUAAGAAGAUUGAGCAGCUUGAAGCCUCCAGAGGAAAGCUCAUGGGAGAGCAGUUGGGGUCGUGUUCCCUGGAAGAGAUCCGAGGGUUGACCGAGCAGCUGGAAAGAGGCUUGUCAAACAUCCGACUCAGAAAAGAUGAGAUGUUCAUGGAGCAGAUGGAAAAACUCAAGUUACAGGAAAAGGAGCUGCUACAACAGAAGGCAACAUUAUGUGAAAAGUGUCGGGAGAUGCCACGGGAACCGGAAAGACGUGAGACAGAUUACGAGGCGGCGACGGCGGGAAGCAGCGUGGGACUGAGCAAUGAAAGUUCGACGGUGGAGACGACUUUGUCCAUCGGAUUGCCGACGGCAACAUAUUGUGCUUUGAAGUAGAUUGUUUCGUCAUCAGUUUAGUCACACUUUUCUUUCUCAUCAUUCAUAUACCGGAACCGCAAUAGUUAACUGUAUACUAAAGUUCUGAAAUAGUGUAAUAAUGAGCUCUGAAUGUAAUGGCAGAUUGGCCGCCGCUGCCGUCUGUAUUAAUGGUUCUGCGCUGUUUGUCUCGCCCCAUCCAAGAGCUCCAAUGUGUACACGCACUUAUAGGGCCGACCAGGAAUGACAAAUGGGCUUUUCUAUAUCGUUUGCCAUCUCUGGGCUACAGCUUGCAUGUUCACGUGGGCUUACGUACGUUUGGUAUUAUGCUUUCGAACUAAACCCAAACAGAAAUAAUCGUACUCAAUUCCCUGCCUCCAGGCCCAGUCCAUCAGCCGUCCAUGUUUUCUUUCCUUCCCAACGGAGAUAAAACACCUCGUACGGAGUCCUAAAUUGAUAGGUGAUUUUUAGCAGUAUAAAAUGGUUGCUUAACC